AUGGAGGGAAAGAGACAUAUUGUCGUCGUUGGAGGCGGCAUAAUUGGCUCCACUACAGCCUACUACCUUACCCGCCAUCCCAAGUUCAACCCAGCCCUGCACACCAUCACUCUGCUUGAGGCUGCUCCCACUGUUGCUCAAGGCGCAUCUGGCAAGGCCGGUGGUCUUCUCGCUCUCUGGGCUUAUCCAGAAUGUCUGGUUCCGCUCUCAUACCGCCUGCACUCCGAGCUGGCUGCCGAGCACAACGGCCCUCAGAAAUGGGGCUAUCGCCAGGUUGGAUGUGGCAGCUUUAGAGCAGUGGUGUCGCGAGACAAGUUGAACUCUCUUCAGCUCAACGGAAACGGGAACCAGGAUGGCAAGACGUGGGAGAAACUUCCCAAGCAGAACGGCGCAGCUAAGGAACUCCUGGAAGCAGCCAACCUACCCAAGGAUCUUGACUGGGUAGAACGCGAGAUCAUCACCGACUGGUCCGAGAUGGGAGCACCCGGCAAGACGGAGACAUCUCAGGUGCAUCCUCUCCACUUUACAACAUCCAUCGCAGAACUUGCCCAGAAGGGUGGCGCUCAAAUACACACCAACGCCAAGGUGACCAAAAUUAACUCCUCAAAGGCCGGUGUCGAGAGCAUAGAGUAUCUGGAUCGCAAUACGGAUGAGAAAAAGACCAUCGACUCCGUGACAGAUGUCGUCGUGGCGGCCGGUCCCUGGACGAGCAGAGUGCUACCACGAGCCAAGGUCGAGGGUCUAAGAGCGCAUAGUGUUGUCUACGACACAAACAUCAGUCCAUAUGCUGUCUUUACAGAUAUCCAGCUUCCACCAGACUUUGUUCCCGAGCACCGCGCCAAGAUGGGGAAGAAGAGGAGACACAAGGGCAACGUCGACCCUGAGAUUUAUGCGAGACCGUUCAACGAGGCUUAUGCAUGCGGUGAGCCCGACACCAACGUGCCGCUCCCAGAGACGGCAGACCAAGUUGAGUGCGAUGAGGCUCAGUGUGACGACAUAAUCUCAUACAUCAGCACUUUCAGCCCCGUGCUGGCCGCAUCACCCAUCAAGGCCAAGCAAGCAUGCUAUCUCCCGCAGCACGUUCGAUUCGGACAUGAGAGCGGACCUUUGAUCGGCAAGACCAGCGUGCCAAACCUAUUUGUUGCCGCGGGUCAUACGUGCUGGGGCAUCCAAAACGGCCCUGGAACAGGCAAGCUCAUGUCUGAGUUUGUCUUUGACGGAGGAGCACAGAGCGCUGAUGUUGAUAAGUUGGACCCCCGGAAGUUUAAGGUUUAA